GGGUGGGGACGGAAGGGGGCGGGAGGGGUGCAGAAGGAAGCCGUCUCCAGGGCCCGAGCGGAGCGUCGGCUGAGGACUGGAGCCAGCCAGUGAGAGGAGCCUGGGAGAGGGAGGAGCACAUCUUGAUGCAGAGAUGCUGCAGUGGCUCCGGGCGCGCACACACACGCGCCCUCAAACGCCGCCGUCACCGCCGCCGCCGCGCCGCCGCCGCCAGGACAGCCGCUAGCGGCUGAGACAGCGGGAGGAGAGAGAGCAGAGUGGGCGCCGGGGCUGCUGCCGGCCUGGCUCCCCCCACCCCCUCCGCAGCAUCGUCCACCUGCCCCAGCCAACACCCUUCUUUCACCUCAGGAGGGAGGCAGCUCUGGGGCAGCUGAACUCUCACCCAGAGGCCUGUCUGGGCCCUCAGCCCCUCUGAUUGGGGAGCACCGCCAGUGCAGCCCUAUGCGGGUGGGGGCCCAGGUCCUUGAGUCUCCCCUUCUGUGAGCCCCACCGCCAGCGCUGAGCCUGCCAUGGGGUCCCCCACCGGGAGGAAGUCUCACCUGCUGCUGGUGGUCACAGUGGUGCUGGUCUCCUCGCCAGCUCAGAGCUCCGCCUGGGGUGCCCCGGCCACCUUUGGGCCUGUCUUUGAAGACCAGCCCCUCAGCCUGCUGUUCCCAGAGGAGUCCACUGAGGAGAAGGUGACGCUGGCAUGCCGGGCACGAGCCAGUCCUCCCGCCACCUACAGGUGGAAGAUGAAUGGCACCGAGAUGAACCUGGAGCCGGGUUCUCGCCACCAGCUGGUGGGGGGCAACCUGGUCAUCAUGAACCCCACCAAGGCCCAGGACGCCGGCGUCUACCAGUGCCUGGCCUCCAACCCCGUGGGCACCGUCGUCAGCAGGGAAGCUGUCCUCCGCUUCGGCUUUCUGCAGGAAUUCUCCAAGGAGGAGCGAGACCCAGUGAAAACCCACGAAGGUUGGGGGGUGAUGUUGCCCUGUAACCCACCCGCCCACUACCCAGGCUUGUCCUACCGCUGGCUCCUCAACGAGUUCCCCAACUUCAUCCCCACCGACGGCCGCCACUUCGUGUCUCAGACCACGGGCAACCUAUACAUUGCCCGAACCAACGCCUCGGACCUGGGCAACUACUCCUGCCUGGCCACCAGCCACAUGGACUUCUCCACCAAGAGCGUCUUCAGCAAGUUCGCGCAGCUCAACUUAGCUGCUGAGGACACCAGGCUCUUCGCGCCCAACAUCAAGGCCCGGCUCCCAGCAGAGACCUACGCGCUGGUGGGGCAGCAGGUCACCCUGGAGUGCUUCGCCUUCGGGAACCCGGUCCCGAGGAUCAAGUGGCGCAAAGUGGACGGCUCCUUGUCCCCGCAGUGGGCCACAGCCGAGCCCACCCUGCAGAUCCCCAGCGUCAGCUUUGAGGACGAGGGCACCUAUGAGUGUGAAGCCGAGAACACCAAGGGCCGGGACACCGUCCAGGGGCGCAUCAUCGUGCAGGCUCAGCCUGAGUGGCUCAAGGUAAUCUCAGACACAGAGGCUGACAUCGGUUCCAAUCUGCGCUGGGGCUGUGCGGCCGCCGGCAAGCCCCGGCCCACCGUGCGCUGGCUGCGGAACGGGGAGCCUCUGGCCUCCCAGACCCGGGUGGAGGUGCUGGCUGGGGACCUGCGCUUCUCCAAACUGAGCCUGGAGGACUCGGGCAUGUACCAGUGUGUGGCGGAGAACAAGCACGGUACCAUCUAUGCCAGCGCCGAGCUGGCCGUGCAAGCACUGGCCCCCGACUUCAGGCUGAGUCCAGUAAGGCGUCUGAUCCCCGCGGCCCGUGGAGGUGAGAUCGCCAUCCCCUGCCACCCUCGGGCAGCGCCGAAGGCCGUGGUGCUCUGGAGCAAAGGCACUGAGAUUCUGGUCAACAGCAGCAGAGUGACAGUGACUCCAGAGGGCACCCUGAUCAUAAGAAACAUCAGUCGGUCAGACGAAGGCAAAUACACCUGCUUUGCUGAGAACUUCAUGGGCAAGGCCAACAGCACGGGCGUCCUGUCCGUGAGAGAUGCAACCAAGAUCACGCUGGCCCCCUCGAGCGCCGACAUCAAUCUGGGGGACAACCUGACCCUGCAGUGCCAUGCCUCCCACGACCCCACCAUGGACCUCACCUUCAUCUGGACGCUGGACGACUUUCCCAUCGACUUUGAUAAACCAGGAGGCCACUACCGGAGGUCCAGUAUGAAGGAAACCGUGGGAGACCUGACCAUCCUGAACGCCCAGCUGCGCCACGGAGGCAGAUACGCGUGCGUGGCCCAGACGGUGGUGGACAGUGCAACCAAGGAGGCCACCGUCCUGGUUCGAGGCCCCCCGGGCCCUCCGGGAGGCGUGGUAGUAAGGGACAUCGGAGACACCACUGUCCAGCUCAGCUGGAGCCGUGGCUUCGACAACCACAGCCCCAUCGCCAAGUACACCCUGCAGGCACGCACUCUGCCGGCCGGGAAGUGGAAGCAGGUUCGGACCAACCCCACCAACAUCGAGGGCAACGCCGAGACGGCCCAGGUGCUCGGGCUCACGCCCUGGAUGGACUACGAGUUCCGGGUCUCGGCCAGCAACAUCCUGGGCACUGGGGAGCCCAGUGGACCCUCCAGCAGAAUCCGGACCAAGGAAGCAGCGCCCUCAGUGGCCCCCUCGGGACUCAGCGGAGGCGGUGGAGCCCCUGGAGAGCUCAUCGUCAGCUGGACGCCCAUGUCACGGGAGUACCAGAACGGAGACGGCUUCGGCUACCUGCUGUCCUUCCGCAGGCAGGGCAGCGCCAGCUGGCAGAGCGCCCGGGUGCCCGGCGCGGACACCCACUACUUCGUCUACAGCAAUGACAGCAUCCGGCCCUACACGCCCUUUGAGGUCAAGAUCCGCAGCUACAACCGCCGCGGGGACGGGCCCGAGAGCCUCACCACGCUGGUGUACUCAGCCGAGGAAGAACCCAAGGUGGCCCCUCCUAAGGUCUGGGCCAAGGGGGUCUCAUCCUCAGAGAUGAAUGUGACCUGGGAGCCUGUGCAGCAGGACACGAAUGGCAUCCUCCUGGGCUACGAGAUCCGCUACUGGAAAGCUGGGGACAAGGAAGCAGCUGCCCACAGGGUGAGGACAGCAGGGAUGGACACCAGUGCCCGAGUCACUGGCCUGCACCCCAACACCAAGUACCACGUGACCGUGCGGGCCUAUAAUCGGGCGGGCACUGGGCCGGCCAGCCCCUCCAGCAACGCCACCACCAUGAAGCCCCCUCCACAGCGCCCUCCUGGCAACAUCUCCUGGACCUUCUCGAGCUCCAGUCUUAGUAUUAAGUGGGACCCUGUGGUUCCGCUCCGAAAUGAGUCUGCAGUCACUGGCUAUAAGAUGCUGUACCAGAAUGACCUGCACCCCGCGCCCACACUCCACCUCACCAGCAAGAACUGGAUAGAGAUCGCAGUUCCCGAAGACAUCGGCCACGCCCUGGUGCAGAUUCGGACCACGGGGCCUGGAGGGGACGGGAUCCCAGCAGAAGUCCACAUCGUGAGGAAUGGAGGCACGAGCAUGAUGGUGGAGAACUCGGCGGUCUGCCCAGCCCUGCACCCCGGCACCAUCGUCUCCCACUCCGUGGCCAUGCUGUUCCUCAUAGGCUACCUAGAGCUCUGAUCUCAGCGCCUCCCUCUCCAGCACAGCCGACUAAGCCUCCGACGGACGCAGCAGCCGGCCAGCCCCUUCCUGACACUAAGGAGCCCAGCACUGUGCCUGAGAACAGCUGGUUUUAAACCCCACUUUAGACGGUGUCCUCCAUGGAAGGCGGGGCAUUUCACACAGGACAGGGCCCCAAAGGGCUGCUUUUCUUUAAACCGAGAGACGCCAGGUAGAAACUGUCUGCUGACACUGACCCCCAGGCCUGGGUCCUCACGGUGCCCCGAUGGAAGGGCCAGGCCUGUGGGAGGAAGGGGUUCUGAACAAAUGUCUGCGUGUCGGCAGAGAUGGCGCUCGGGACCACACGUGGACUCUGCUCCCAGAGAGCUGAUGCCCCUGCCCGGGGGGAAUGCUGGACACGGCCAGCUGGACGGGGACCCCAUGGUCUGAGGAGAUGGUCAAGCCCGGGACCGAGCACCCUCCUGCUUUCUCUGACGUUGCCCUGAUGACUCCCUAGGGCCUGCCUCCUGCCACCUGGGAAGCAGGGCCUGGCGUCUGAGGCAGCAGCCGGAGCCCCUCAGCCUCGGGGGAGGCUACCCCAGACUGCUGGCGUCAGAGCUGAAGGCAGCUGCUCUCAGGUACCAGAUGUGAGAGUGCAGGUGACGUGCCCUCUUAACCAACACUGCCAACCUGACCCAGCGCCCCAGAGUGAGAGCCGUGACAGGUGACCGGGUGACUAAAGGGCUUGUCUUGGAGAGGUCCCCACCCCGCCAAGACCAUCCUGCACAGCCCCUGCGGGCGUGUGCCUUCCUCUCCUCCAGCUCAGCCUGCAGGCCCAGGGCCUCACUGGGCUGGCACCGACUCACACAGGCCUGGCAGCAUUAGUUCCGGGGCUCCAGGGGGGGCAUCUUUUGAGAAGGGCAAAGGGGAAGUGGUGUCCCCCCACAAGAACCCCCCCGUGACACCCUGGUGUGGCCCAGGCCCCAGGCUGCCCUGGACUGUGCUUGCCUUUCCCCGGAAGAGAAGGGGUCAAUAAAUGGGACAUCCUCUCUGGUGCUCUGGUGUAUCACCAGUCGCAGGACAGAGCUGGGAGAGGUUCCGGAGCUCGGCCUGCCCACGUCCCUACCUGACAGAUGAGGAAACAGAAGGAAGGGGUCGGGGGCCACAGCCUGUGGGCAGCGGCUGUGGGGAGACCUUGAGUCUCCUCCGCCUUCCUGGCCGGGGCUCUGUCUCUCCAGAGGAAGAGGGCAAUGCCGAAGGCGGUUAAGGACAGUGCGGUAUGAAAAUUCUGAGGUUCAGGUGAGUGAUCGUGGGGUGACAGGCUUGGCUGGGUCCCAGCCCAAGACCCGGUGGACGCCAGGAGCCAUCGGGUCCUUUCCUCUGGCCGUGGCCUCACUGGGCAGUGCUGGCUUGACCCUCUCGCUCCUUCAUCCUUGCUCCGAGAUGCCGAAGCAAGGACAGAGUCCCCAACUCCAGGCAGUGGCUGACCACAGGCGGGAGCUCCCCCACCCCGCCCCCCGGCCUCACAGGUGGCCCAUCGGGAGCAGCAGCGCAAGCAUCUUGCAGGACAGGCCCGAGGCCCCGAGCCUGUUUCUGUCGUUUACAGUUAGAUCUCUAUUUUGUUAUGUUUUUUAGAACGUUAAGUCCUGCUCUGUUUUCCUGGGCAGGUUUACGUUGAUGUUUGCCCACCAGAAUUUUUUUAAAUGUAGGUUCACACCCCUUUAAAGCCUCCAAGCUACGGUCGUACCCCCUGCCCCCAGUCAGGACUGCUUCUCUGGAACCCACUGAUCAGACCUCACCUGCCCUGCUCACCCCCACCAGGGGGGCUGGGGUCCCCAAACUCGGCCUCAUAGCCAUGCGCACCCCCAUGGUAUGUGGCUGUGGUUUGGCCUGUGUUGAACACCAGAAGCCUCCCGAGGCCCAUCCAGCUCUUUCCUCACUGCCUUAAGCUGCCUGGAAGAGGGGGCGGGGCUGGGGACGCUGGGCCAAGCAGGGUGAGCCAGCUUGGCACUGGCCCUCCUGGUGCAGCUGGAGGCCACCGUCCCAGGUUUGCUUGCUGCAAAAAGUACAACUUGGACCCUUAGGUCUACUGAGGCCUACGAGAAGUGGGGAGGAAGGCGGGCCUGCUGAGAAACCCAGGUUUCAACCAGGAAAACCUAAGUGUCAGGCCGUGGAACUUGUCUGGGGGUAUGGAACUGUACAACAUGCUGUUUCUGCAGCCUGAGGCUUCGGGCCCAGCACAGGCUGAAGGUCACUAAGAGUCGGAGACACUGAAAUGCAAUCUUCCCACUGGGGCGGCUUGGGCAGGGGCAGGUAGGGACACAGAAGGCAAGAUUAGGUAACUUGUCAGUCCUUUCCUGUCUGGGCCUCUGGCCUCCAUCUUCUCUGCUCAGAUGGGCCAGGGGAGAUGAGACAGGGCUCACCAUGGUGGUCGUGUCUGCGGUCCGGCUUCCUCGCACACACCAAGCCCCUGCCACGAGCAAGCAAUCUGCAGGUUGGUGGCCAGGAAGUGCCUUGUGGACUAGAACUGGCCAGGCCGCAGACACUGCCUCAGCACCCGGGGAGACCAGCUCUCCAUCCCCCACACACUUGGGCUCAACUUUGGGCCCCUGGGCCCUGGCCUUCAUUGCUCUAACAGUCCCAGCAUGCACUUCGCCCAGGUGGCAUCUGGGCCCCAUGAGACCAGGUGAUUUACUUUCAUUCAGGGUAUCAAAUGAUACAGAUGGUGCCAGGGAACAGGAAGCCAUGGCUGAGGGGAAAGGGCCUUUUCCUUUUGCUGAACUAAUAGGAGAGACUGGCAUUUAGGCAUAAGACAGACCACCUGCAGAGAGACCUUUGAGGGAAUAAGAGGCUUUUUUAGGGAACUUUGAAGAAUUUUGACAGCCAUGGGCCUGGGGUCUAGGUUAGGUGAGGCAUGGACAGGUGGGGAGGCGCUGUAAGUCUCCUUUCAGGGCUGAGGUUCUUAGACUCCAGCGGUGCUCUGCACAGGAAGUCUGGGCGUACCUCAACCAGCCAGAGCUGGUGCAAGUCCCUAAGGGGAAAGGCGCCCAGAGAGGCCUCAUGGCCGUCCCAAGAGCCCUGGUCUUUGCUCCAGUCCAAGCCCGCAUGCUGAGCCAACUUGCUUCCCAGUUACAGACCUCUCCUGCUGUCAGGGCUGGAAGCCCUCCAAGCGGCAGGGACAGCACAGGCUCACAACGGCCUGGGGGGCACAGGCUGCCCUGGGCUUUGUCGUGGGGCUGGAGGCGGCUACAGAGAGGCUGCAGGAGCAGUGUGAGGAAUCCAGUAGGCGUUUUGCGGAGAGGUGCCUGGAAGCUGAGGGCGCCCGUGGACUGGAGUUUAUGGUCACAGGCCCUGGGCAGGCAGGCCCGCAGAGGGAACUGAAGAGGGGGGAUAUGUGGACCUUAUAGUUUUGUCCGGAGCCCCGGGUACCCUAGCGCCCUUAGAGGGGUGCACCCCGCCGUGGCCCCCAAACUCCUCCAAGUUACCUGUCCCCUCCAGGGUCUGCAGGGUGGGGCCUCAUGAGACCACUGACUGGACUCGGUUUUGUUAGAAGGGAACCUCGCCUGCGGGCCUGUCUCUGUCUCGCUUGUAUUGUAUUGGGAGUUAUGAUAGUUAUUUAUGGACUCUGGUAGCAGGCAGUUCUGAAAUAAAGAUGGUUUCUCGAUCUGCUGAGGCAGCCGGCACCAA